AUGGUCCGUGGAAAAGGUGUCUACCGACGGUCACAGGACCAGUCAGCUCGGCGGUCUAUGGUGGCGUACGUCUGGAAUCCUAUCUUGUAUGGAGGUGCUGUGGAAAACAGCCCGCUGAUCGUUGUGCAGGUGCAAUCGAUGUCGGAACCGAAAAACGCGCUGUGCAGGCUCCCCUCCCUCCCAUGCGCAGCAUGUGUGGAUGCUGGUCAAACGUGUAUCUACUCGGAGGCGGAAAGGCGCGUCUCGAUUCCUGAAAGCCAUUACCGCCGGUUACAAUCACAGGCUCGAUUGCCUCAUUUGCCUCAUGGCCAGUCCAUUGAUAGAGAUCGCCCAACGCCAUCCAGUGUUUCAUCAAGUACAACUUCAGCCGCCACACGUUAUUCGGAAGGCGAAUUACCCAUGGAACGAGAUGACUGGUGGUAUAAAGGCGCAGAUAAUCUACGUCUCAAUCCUGGAUCCACUGAUCUAGCUUGGGAUGUGCGUCCUCUCUAUGAUGAUCCUUCAUCACUCCGUCGCACGGUGACAGGAGCAUUGCCCCAGUUGCCCCCGUUUGAGUUCGCUAAACGGCUUUUCUGGGUACAGUAUGCCUACAUUGGCACGAUUUUCUCACUGAUUCACCCUAGAGAAUUCGAAAAACGACUGAACUUUGUCUAUCAUCAACCGCCCGACUUUUCUCACCGUGAAAAAUGUCUAAUAUAUUGCCAAUAUCUGCUUGUAGUUGCAUUUGGACUAAUGUACUCGGUUAACCAAUGGUCGGGAGAUGACGGCCCCCCCGGGUUCAAAUACUUUAAACAUGCUUUGCGACUUUUGCCCGAUAUCCAUGAAGAAGGAUCGAUAUUUUUCGUCGAAGUUCUGUGCUAUGUGGCAUACUAUAUGCAAAAUCUUAACCGUCGUGAUGCGGCCUUCCUUUAUAUUGGCCUUGCACUUCGCAUGGCAAUUUCUCUGGGCCUUCACCAAGAAGUUUCUGAUCCGGAAAUUAGUGAAACAGACCGUAAUCGCCGACGUCGAGCAUGGUGGUCUGACGGUUCAACGUCAGAUCCAUGGCCAGCAAUUGUCCUUACCCACUAUACACAGCUCUCACGUAUUUUGGGGAGGAUCGGAGAAGGUAUGUUGAGUGUAUGCAAUUAA